AUGGCGUUUUACCCUCCCUCUUGGGUCCCUAACCUCCCCGAUAUACCUGACUCAAUCAGUGUAGCAGACUUUAUCAAUACUGAAAAAGCAGGGAGGAAGAGCUUUGACAAGUCAAAGAGGCCGUAUACGUGCGGUGUGACGGGCACGUCGCGGACUGCGGAGGAGGUUGCACAGCGUGUUGACUUGCUGGCGCGCGGGUUAGCGAAAAAUGUCGGGUUUGAUCCGAAUGAUGGAACAGCGUGGGACAGAGUCGUGGCGAUUUACGCCCUCAACACGAUUGAUUACAUCCCCGUUACGCACGCAAUCCACCGAGUAGACGGCAUUGUCACGCCUGCUAGUUCAGCGCACUCUGCGUCUGAACUAGAACACCAACUUCGAUCAUCCGGCGCAAAAGCACUAUUCACUUGCGCUCCUCUUCUCAGCACAGCUCUCAAAGCAGCUUCUGCCGUUGGAAUUCCAGAGACGCAUAUUUUCCUGCUCCCUCUGCCCGAGACUCCCUCUAAAGGAUCCUUCAAAACGAUUGAAGACCUCAUCGCAGAGGGUAAGACUCUACCGCCGUUGGAAUUACCAGCUUGGACACCAGGACAGGGAAAACGACAAGUCGCGUAUCUGUGCUACUCAAGCGGCACAUCAGGUCUUCCCAAAGCCGUUAUGAUCUCUCACUACAACGUCAUCGCAUGCACCCUCAUGAUCCAUACCUUCGAGUCCAUAACGCGCGCCCAAGACAACAUCGACACGCAAGUAGCCCUCGGUCUUUUACCCUUCAGCCACAUCUACGGGCUCGUUGUAAUCGCCCAUAUAGCGCAGUAUCGCGGCGAUGAGAUCAUCGUCUUGCAGCGCUUCCAACUCGAUCAAUUGCUCGCGGCCAUUGAGAAAUUCCGCAUUGAGCAACUCAGCGUCGUACCGCCGAUCAUCGUGCAGAUUCUGAGUAACCAGGAUAAAUGCCAGAAAUACAAUCUCGAUUCGGUGAGGCUUGUGUUCUCGGGUGCUGCGCCCUUGGGAGGCGAGACGAUUCAGAAAUUACUCGAGUUGUAUCCCAAAUGGAGAAUCAGCCAAGGCUACGGUUUAACGGAGGCUUCACCGUCGGUGUUUCACACAAGUGAAGCAGAUCCCGUUCUCGGGUCAUCAGGCUCUCUCCUCCCCGGCGCCAAAGUCAAGAUCAUCGACCAGCACGGCUCUGAAGUGACAAGCUACGAAACACCAGGCGAAUUAUACGUCCAAGCGCCGAAUGUCGUACUGGGCUAUCUCCACAAUGAGAAGGCUAACGCUGAGACGUUUGUACACCGCGAUGAUGGGCGGUGGUUGAGGACGGGCGAUGAAGUCCUCGUGCGGAAAUCACCACGCGGAAACGAUCAUUUCUUCAUCGUCGAUCGAAUCAAGGAACUUAUAAAAGUCAAGGGCCAUCAAGUUGCCCCCGCUGAACUGGAGGCGCAUCUCCUCGAUCAUCCAUACGUAGAUGACUGCGCAGUCAUAGGCAUUGUCGACGAGCGCGCAGGCGAAGUGCCUCUAGCAUUCAUUGUAAAGAGUAAGAAAACGAACGGUUUGAAGGAUGAGGAUGUUGUUAGGGCUGUUUGUGAGCAUGUUGAGAGUCAUAAGGCACGGCAUAAAUGGCUAAAGGGCGGGGUUAGGGUGCUGGAUGUUAUACCCAAGAGUCCGAGUGGGAAGAUUCUGAGGAGGGUCUUGAAGGCGCAGAUCAAAGCGGAGAAGCCUGUUGCGAAGCUUUGA